AUGAGCAUCUUCCACUGGCACAAUGAAACGAUCAACAUAGACUCGCAUAUAUUUGGGGCAGCGAUGUUCGCCUUUUUCCCAAUUCAUUUCUACCAUCAUGUGUACGCUCUCAAUGAGUAUGCAAAGUUCCUCGACAUCGUCUUGUUCGUGCUAUAUUUCUUUGGGGUAUCGAUGUGCUUCGUGUGCUCUGCGAGUUGCCAUAUUGUCUGGAACCACAGCCCGGGAUGGGCGAUAAAGGGCAACCAGCUCGAUUAUUUCGGGAUCGUCCUGUUGAUGUGGUCCGCUAGCAUCGCAUCGAUAUAUUACGGCUUCUUCUGCGAUGCCAUUAUCCGCAACUUUUACUGGCUGCUCACUUCUGUGAUGGCCGGUGCUUGUAUUACCUUCACGAUUCAUCCUCGCUUCUCAUCUCCGACGUUUCGAACCUGGAGAGCGAUGAUUGGUAUGGACAUCCAGAUGAAGCGUAUGUCGCUUGAUUGGAUGCUUUUGAUGGGAACUCUCAACAUAGUCGGCGCUGCGUUCUAUGCGGCCAGGAUACCAGAGCGGUGGUACCCUUACGCGUUCGAUUUCGUGGGCGCAAGCCAUCAGAUAUUCCAUGUCAUGGUCCUGCUGGCUGGUGUUGUGCACUAUGCUGGCCUGAUAUCUGCAUUCGGGGAGGUGCGGCAGCAGAAGGAUAUUUGCAUUGGUUGA